CCCACUUCAACCCGGACCAAGCCAACAGCAGGGUCAGCGGAGACACGAUGCUCAAUGAUCAUGGCAGCUCGAUGAACGAAAAGUCCGUCGACUCUAGCAACGACAAGAUGAACGGGAAGACGCGCACAGACGCGGAGGUGCAGCCCGUGCCUAUGGGACGGGUACGCACGAAUGAGUUUGACGUGUACGGAGAUGAGGAGACUGCACAAAUCAAGUAUCGCACGAUGCACUGGUGGAAAGCCGCUGCCUUGAUGUUAGCAGAAACCGUUUCCCUGGGUAUUCUCUCUAUACCCUCAGUUUUCAACUCCCUAGGCAUGGUUGCAGGGUGUAUACUCGUAAUCUCCCUCGGCACUAUCGCGACAGCGACCGGAUACACCAUGGGCCAGUUUAAGCUGCGCUACCCGCACGUGCACAACAUGGCCGAUGCGGGCAUGGUCCUCGGUGGACCCGUUUGGCGCGAGAUCCUUGGUACAGCCCAGGUCGUCUUCCUAGUCUUCAUCUGUGGAAGCCACGUGUUAACAGGGCUCAUCGCCUUCGACACCAUUACCUCGGGCGCGUCAUGCUCAGUCGUCUGGGCAGUAGUGACUGCGAUCCUCGGUUUCGUGUUGACGAUCCCGAGGACGUUGGAUGGCAUAAGCUACCUGAGCGUAGCGAGUUUCAUCAGUAUAAUGUCCGCGGUGCUUAUUACAAUGAUUGGCGUGGGCCUCAUCGGUCAUCAGGGUGGUGUUGGCGUUACCAGCCACUUGAACUUCGCCCACGGAUUCCUAGCCGUGACCGAUAUCAUAUUUGCGUAUGCGGGUCACGUCGCCUUCCUCACCUUCAUCUCCGAGAUGAAAGACCCUCGAGACUUCCCAAAGGCCCUCUACGCUCUGCAGAUCGCCGACACGACGCUCUACCUCAUCGUCGGCAUCGUCGUCUACGCGUUCACGGGCGCUAACACCGUCUCUCCCGCGCUGGGCAACACCGGGAGGACGCUCCGCAAGGUCGCCUACGGGAUCGCGCUGCCGACGAUCAUCAUCGCGGGCGUCAUCAACGGGCACGUCUGCGCGAAGCUCGCUUUUGUGAGAGUGUUCAGGAUGAACGACGGGAGUGUCUCGCCGCACAUGAGUAGCCAUACGAGGACCGGCUGGCUCAGUUGGAUCGGGAUAUGCUUCGCUAUCUGGGCGCUCGCCUUCAUUAUCGCGGAAGUGAUCCCCUUCUUCAACGACCUCCUCGGUGUCAUCAGUUCGUUGUUCGCGAGUUGGUUCACCUACGGCAUCUCCGGCAUUUUCUGGUUCCACUUGAACCCGCCCGGCACGCGAUGGACCACGACCGGCCGGAAGCUCCAGACCAUCUUCUGGGGCUGCAUCGUUCUGGCUGGAGCGUUCAUCAUGGUCGCCGGGCUGUACUCCAGCAUAUACAGCAUCGUCGAGGGGUACCGCGACGGUUCCUUCCCGAGCCCGUUCAGCUGCGUUAACCGCGCCCUGACAUGAUAACGAAUGGAAGGAUAGGAGGAUGGAUUGGAUAGUGAUGCGGAACCUAAUGCUAAAACGAAUACAUAUGUACAAGUGCUUCCUCUGUAUAGAAUAUACCUCCCUGUAAUGACCUGCAACCUCUAAUUUAUUCGUACAAUCCUGGGAA